AUGGAGUGUAAAGUUUCGGGUUGGCCAGCAGUUUUUGAAAACCAGAAAGUUUCCAUUCAUGAUUUGGAAGUGCUUAAUGUAGAAUUCUCUAUUGCUGAACUGCAGAAUUCGGUUUUUCAGCAGGGCAACAACAAGUCUCCUGGGUUAGAUGGAGUCACCUAUUCUUUCUACAAAAGCUAUUGGAGUAUUGUGUGGGAGACUCUUUGGAAGGCAGUUAACUGUUUUUUUAAAACAGGUUAUAUGCAUAGGGAGUGGAAGAAUACUUUGAUUGUCUUGAUUUCUAAGAUUAAAAAUCCUAUGACCCCUUCUAAUUUUAGGCCUAUUAGCCUUUGCCAAACUAACUAUAAGAUAGUGGCCACAAUGCUAGUUAAUAGAUUGAAGAAGGUGAUAUCAAAGAUGAUUUCAGAAGAACAAGUGGCAUUCAUUCAUGGAAGAUCUAUUGCGGAUCAUUGUCUUUUGGCUCAAGAGGUAUUUCACAAAUUUAGAAUCUCUAAAAACAAGAAGGGGUUGAUGGCUAUCAAACUUGAUAUGGAGCAAGCAUAUGAUAGUAUGGGAUGGACAUCUCUUCGGCACAUUCUUGAUUGGUAUGGUUUUCCUAUUGAUUUUUCUACCCUUCUAAUGGAGUGUGUUGUUGAUGUGAGGUUCUCUAUAAUUAUCAAUGGGAGAAAUUCUAGUUGGAUUGAUGCUCAAAGUGGGUUCCGUCAAGGAUGCCCAUUGUCACCAUACCUUUUCAUUCUAUGUUCUCAACUCUUGUCCAACUCUAUUAUGCAAAGGGGUCAGAAUCUUGGUAUACAAAUUUCAUCUAGAGGUCCACUAGUAACUCAUCUCCUUUAUGCAGACGAUGUGCUGAUUUUUUCUCAUGCAUCCGUGGACUUAGCAAAGAAUUUGAAGAAUAUUGUGGAAGAAUUUUGUAGGUGGACUGGUCAAAGAGUGAAUGUAAGCAAAUCUCAAAUUAUGUUCAGCAAGGUUGUUAGGUACUCUAUGAAGAAAAAGAUUGCUAAAGCUCUUGGCUUUAAAGUUGUCAAAGAAAUUAAGUAUCUGGGAGUGAAGAUGACUUUGAAGAAAAUUAAAAUGGUUGAUUUUAGAGAUGUUUUAAGCAAUGCAAUGGACAAACUCAAUGCUUGGAGUAAGAAGUCCCUUUCUUUAGGAGGUAAGUUGAUUCUUAUAGAUAGUUCUUUGCUAUCUAUGCCUACCUUUUUAAUAACUCAUUCUAUGGUACCCAAGAGGGUUUUGUAUGAGUUAGAGAAACUUUGUAGAAGUUUUCUUUGGCAUAAAAAUGAGGGGACUAAAGGUAUGCAUUAUGUGGCUUGGGGAGAUAUUUGUAAACCAAGAUGCUUUGGAGGACUUGGGGUGCACUCCCCACUUGAUAGAAUUGGUUCUCUUAAGUCCAAGUUGACAUGGAAUUUUAUUCAGAAACUGCAAUCUUUGUUCCACCGUGUAAUAACAGCCAGAUAUGAGAAUGAUGUGAUGAAUGGUGCUCAAAGGAAGAUUACUUCAACGGCUUGGCAAAUUCUGGCUGAUGGUGGUAAAUGCUUGAAAUUGGCUAUUCGGUGGAGAGUAGGAAAGGGGAAUAAGAUUAAUGUUCUAAAUGAUACAUGGUUGCUAGAUAGAUGUAUCAACAGGUGGCCAACCUUUAUUGACUAUAAGUCAUUGGAUGGGAAGGUUUUUCACCCUACACUGGUUACCUUGAUCAGCCAUAUUCAAAUAGAUUUUGAAGGGGAGGACCAGUUGGAAUUGAUGAAGAAAUGCUCGGGGAAGACUGUAUCAGCUUUGGUUUUUGAGCAAAUGCUAUCUAACAAGUAUAAUAUGGAGGAUGUUGAAUAUUUCUCAUGGCUACAGAAAUUGAAACUCAAAAAAAAGGUGGAGGUCUUUUGGUGGAGGUUGGGGAAGGAAACAAUCCCAACUAAUCAGUUUUUGAAGAACCGUAAGAUUACAGAUGAUGAUUGGUGUCCUAGAGGUUGCAAAGUUAGUGAAACAUAUGAGCAUAUAAUGGUACAGUGCAAAUAUAUGACUGAUGUUAUUGCAAAGAUGGGUGAAUGGGGUAUCUCUAUUCCUGUUUUUAGUUCCCUUGAUAGUUGUUUACAAGGUUUAAAACACAUUGUACAGAAAAAUUUGGGAAUUGUACAAAUUUAUUGUAAUAUUGUUUACCAUUCGUGGAAGAAUAGGAACGUUGUCAAGCAAGGUAAGAGUGCUUUGCCAAGUUCUGUGGUUGCUUCAAAUGCUAUGUUUUCAGCCAUUUCAAACUCUGGUCCUUAUCUUUCUUGCUGGGGUGCUAAUCUCCUAAGGGAGUCUCAAAGCACUUGUUCCAAUGUGGCUGGAGUUGGUGGUGUUCUAAGAGACCAUAAAGGCAGGCUUAUAAGUGCAUUUGGAAAGAAGGGAACUCAUUGGGACAUUGCUCAAUUAGAGCUUGAAGCUGUUUUUUCGGUGAAGGAAUUUCUGAAAAGCUGGAUGUUGGAGUGCAAAGGUUUGAUCAUUGAGAGUGAUAAUGCCAAUGUUAUCAAGUUCAUUCAAGACUCUUUAAAGAAGAACAAAAGAUUUUAUUUUGUCUACUUCAUCACUGGCAAAGUGUGUUACGCGCUAUUUCCUUUGUUCCGAUCCUUAAUCAAGAGGGUUGAAUUUCAUGAGUUAUUUGAAGCUCAGGAUGAUUUUCCUCUGAUUUUAGCUGGAUAUCGGGCAGGAUAUCAUGCCUAUAUGUUUUGUAAUGCAAUUUUUGCUUAUUGUGAACAGAUUCAGGAAGCUCGUGAUGACAUAUAUUAUGUGGAGGUUAAGGCCAUGGAUUUGGAGUGUAUGGAGGAAGGCUUCAUUAAAGAUUUUUUGAAUGGAAUCUAUUUAGAUCAGUGUAAGAUUAGAGCAAAGAUUGAGGGGUUGACACCUAACCAUGCUUCUGGUGACUCUUCUUCAAAUUAUGAUGGUGAUGGGGUAGAGAGUGAAUUACACAAGGCCUUUGCCCUUGAGGAGGAGGAUAAUAUUGAGAUUCUGUAG